CUCUUUGAAGUUUGAUAACACUUUCCUUCAUUUUGGAGGGAACAUGAACAUGGGCUUGCACUUGCAUGCUACCCCACACUACACUUCCUCUUGCCUCUUCUUAAGUCACUCCCAAGAUUCAACUAAUACUCAAACUUACAAAAGCAUAGCCACCCUCCCUAAAGUCUUUUAGUCCCUUCCAAGCCUUAAAACCACUUUCUUUUCUGCCUUUCUUUAACCCCCUCCUCCAUUCCCACUUCUAUUUGUCUCUCUUUCUCUUAAGUUUGAAGUCAUAUUUCAGCAAUACACAUUCCUUCACCAUGGAUUGGUUCUCAUGGCUCUCAAGGACUGGCCUUGAGCCCUCCCUAGUGUAUGAAUAUGGCCUUGCUUUUGCUCAUAAUGAGCUUGAAGAAGAAGACAUAGUUUACUUCAACCAUGAGUUUCUCCAGAGCAUGGGCAUCUCCAUAGCCAAGCACAGACUAGAAAUUCUCAAGCUUGCUAGGAAGGAGAAGGGGAAAAGCCCUCCUGCAGUGGCAAGGCUCAUUGUGGCGAUCAAGAGGACAAAGAGGUGCUUAGCUAAUUACAUUCGGACAUUGACUCACUGUGAAGAAUCAGCUCUUGUGGUUGUGCCAUCAAAGCGCACUACUUAUGGUACUAGGUGGAAGAGUGCAGUGGUGAAGAGAAACAAAAAGCUGAUGAUUGCUAAGCAAGAGAGGCUCUUUCUCACCAAUGGAACUCCAACAACAGUAGUGCCUGCUCUGCCUGGUCUUGAAGGGUUUUCUAGUCCUGUGCUGUGCAGUGACCAGAAGGAAGAAAAGAUGGAUGCAGAUGAAGAAGAUGGGUAUUGGUCAGCUGCUGUAGAAGAGAUCAGGUGGGAUACUUUGUUCACAGAUUUGAAACCCAACUGAAAGUUCUUCCCUUUUCUUGGGAAGAUUGCAAACCCAGGAAAAUGAACUGCGGUGUUUAAAUUCUUCAAGGGAAUACUAAAGGGAAGGGGAUACUUGGAUUUUUCCCAUCUUCCUUUGUGGUUAACUUCAUCCCUGAUUUUAAAUUAAUGGGUGAGAAAUAAGGUCUUUUUGGGAUUCCUCACCAAAGAAAUUUGAUUAUUUUCUUUACAGGAUCUUACUUUUUUUACUUUAGUAGCUGGUGGGUCACGCAGACGGGUAACUUUUGGCACCUUGUCUGAUUUGGUCAUGAGAUUGUCUCCUUUGCUUUUUCUGUGUGUAAGUUAUUUUCUUCUUUAGCUUUGAUAGGGGAAAAUUGUGCAAGAUUAGCGUCUUUACAGGGAGAGAAGGAUUGAAACAGAUAAUUAGGUUUAGAUCUGUUGCAGAUUAGAGUCUGCUUGAGGCCUUGAGCUUUUGCUUUGUACUGUGCAUUGUGAUGACAAUACAUAUUAACCGGGUAUAUUUAAUACUUGUUUGGCAA